CUCGUCGCUAGAAUGAAAUGAGGGAGACACUGUACCUCGUCCCUCUGUCUUCCAUAUCCGCACAUUGAAAUUCCGAAAUCUUGGAAGCCAGUUUUCUCUUUUUGGAUUUCUCUCUCUCUCGUUAGCUAAUUCUGUCUCUUCUUUCAGCAAAGCUUUCCUCCCGCCGCCGGUGACGCGCUUCUUGCUUCAUCUGUGAUUUCCUUAUUUGGUCAAAUAUAAGUUCUGAAGUUGUAUUUCAUUGAUUUCUUACUUCAAUGGGGGAUGCUGACAAUGCCCUUCCACCUUCAAAGAAAAGGGCUGCGGGAAGGGAGCUCUCUCGAGACACUCCCCUUGAUGAUGAGGAAGAUACCUCAGAACCUGAGGCUGGAACCUUUAAGAAGGCCAGUGAUGAAGUUAUGGCAACCAGGAGGAUAGUUAAAGUUCGCCGCCAACCGAGCAAUUCCGCUCCAUCUACAAAUCCUUUCUCUGGAAUACGUUUGAUUUCUCCUCCUGAGUCGAGUGCUAAACCUGCAGAAGCUACUCCCAUAGCCCAAUCAACUAGUGAAAACACUGCUGCAGAUGAUACAAAAUGUACUGCUGAUGUAAUCAAGGAUUCUGAGAAAGCUAAAGACGGGGAUGUUGAACAAUUAGAGAGCAAAGUCGAUGAGUUGGGAAAUAAAUCUGCUGAAAUUAAGGAUGCUGCUAAAGAAAAUGUUGCUGAUGGAGAGAGCACUGCAGAGAAGAGCAUGGGUGAAGAAUCUGAGGUAGACAAACACCAAACGAAGGAUCAUGAUAAAAACGGUGAUGAGGAUAGGAAGGAUGCUGAAGAUAAGGAGACUCCUGGUGAAGCAGAUAAAGAACAAACUAAUACAAAUGUUAAUGAGGAUACAAAGGAUGCUGAAGAUAAAGAGAUCGCUGGUGAGGUGGAAAAAGAACAAACUAAUAAAAGUGAUAAUGAGGAUAAGAAGGAUGCUGAGGAUAAAGAGACCGCUGGUGAGGUGGAAAAAGAACAAGAUAGGGAUGGCAAUGAUGCGGUAAAUGAUGAUCAGAAGGAGAACACCUCAGAAGGAUCUUCUUUGAAGUCAUUUCAACAGCUUUCAAGCAGCCAAAAUGCAUUUACUGGUCUUGCUGGCACUGGAUUUUCUGCUUCCUCAUUUUCCUUUGGUUCUUUAUCAAACGAGGGGUCUGCUUUGGGUAGUGGUUCUGGUUCAAUUUUUGGAAUGAAAAAUGAUAAGCCUUUUGGGCUGGGUUUGUCUAACAAUGGAUCUUCUGUUUUUGGGGCAACAGGUGCCUCUGCUACUGCUAAAGGUGAGGGAAGUGGUUUCACAACAAUGCAGGAGGUGGUAGUUGAAACGGGCGAGGAAAAUGAGAAAGUGGUCUUCAAUGCAGAUUCAGUAUUAUUCGAGUUUGUUGAGGGAAGUUGGAAGGAACGAGGAAAGGGUGAACUGAAGGUCAACGUUUCCACAGGAGGGAAUGAAAAGGCCAGACUUCUUAUGAGGACGAAGGGAAAUUACAGGCUAAUUUUAAACGCGCGUCUUUACCCUGAUAUAAAGCUCACCAACAUGGAGAAGAAAGGCGUCACUUUUGCCUGCAUCAAUAGCGCCAAUGAAGGGAAGGAUGGCCUCUCAACAUUCGCCUUGAAAUUCAAAGACGGGUCCAUAGUAGAGGAAUUUAAAGCCGCAGUCAUGGCUCAUAAGGGCGACAAAGCCACAGUUCUCAAGACCCCAGAAAACUCACCCAAGGCUUCUGAUGCAUGAUUAAAGAGGAUCUUGUUGAUCUGUUUUUUUGAGUCUGUCGUCUUUAGGAAGGGAAAAUGUCACUAUUUUGAGUUACGUAUGCCUUUGUAUGGCAGAGUCUUAUCAUAUUUGACUAUUUGUAUUUUAAUUUGGGUCCGGGUCUACUGUCCGAGGGAUAUGAGAACUUGUUUUUGGACGAAUCUUGGAUUGGGAUUACGCAGGAAUAUUUGAUGAUAUACUAUAUUCCCAUAUCAUAGAUGUUUUCUCGUCAAAUGCAGGAGGGAGAAUCAUGAGAAAGAAAGUAGAAGCAUUUGUUAUAGGUGUUCUUCUGAUAAAAAUAAAAUAUGUGAAGAUUUUGGGUUA